GUUCGUACUCGCGUCCGGGUAAGAAAGCAGUUCAACCCCACGGAACAGUUAAAGGUGCCGGUAGGAAAAGAAGAGCACCUGUGGUGAUACAGUAUGACCCAGAAGCGCGCAAAGAUUACUUAACUGGAUUCAGUAAGCGUAAGAAAGAACGACAGGAUAAAGCUAUAGAAGAAGCCGAGGUUAAGUUAAAGGUAGUGUUAUGA